AUGGAUCAUGCAGCUGCACAGCUGGAGAAACAGCACGUGCACGAUGUGUAUGAGAGCACCGCUCCUUACUUCAGCGACUUGCAGAGCAAAGCCUGGCCUCGUGUCCGCCAGUUCCUCCAGGACCAGAAGCCUGGCAGCCUCAUCGCUGACAUAGGUUGUGGAACUGGAAAGUAUCUGAAAGUGAACAGCCAGGUACACACCCUGGGCUGUGACUACUGUGCGCCGUUGGUAGAGAUUGCCCGGAGGAGAGGAUGUGAAGUCAUGGUAUGUGACAACCUUAAUCUCCCCUUUAGGGAUCAGGGCUUCGACGCCAUCAUCUCCAUAGGAGUCAUACAUCAUUUUUCUACAAAACAAAGAAGAAUCAGAGCAAUAAAAGAAAUGGCCAGGGUCUUAGUUCCUGGAGGCCAGCUGAUGAUUUAUGUUUGGGCCAUGGAACAAAAGAACCGGCACUUUGAGAAGCAAGACGUGCUUGUUCCAUGGAACAAAGCCUUGUGCUCCCAGCUCCUCUCGGAAUCCAGCCAGCCUGGGAGAAAGAAGCAGUGUGGGCAUCCAGAAAGAAGCCAUCCCUACCACCCUCCCUGCUCUGCGUGUCGCUGUCCCGUUUGUUUUAAGGGGUGCUGUGAUUCGAGGCGGUCCCAUAGCGUGGACUGUGACUCUGCUCUAGUUGGCACCUGCUGUGCAAAUAUUUCCAAGGAAGGCGAGGAAGAGAAUGGAUUCUAUAACACGCUGGAGAAAUCUUUUCGUUCCUGGUUUUCCUCUAGAUCUUUGGAUGAAUCAACUCUAAGGAAGCAAAUUGAAAAAAUGAGACCCUUGAAAAACACAGAAAGUUGGGCCAAUAGCACGAUAUCCACCCAGCCUUCAAGACACUCGAGUUUCGACUUAGAUCAUCCAGAGCCAUUUUCAACAGGAGAGCAAAAUUUAGAUGAGGAAGUCUUUGUGGAGACUUCUCCAAAACACCUGGAAUGGCUGAGAGCGCCCACCACACACAAACACCUAAAUGGAGACCAUCCAAGAGGCGUGAGGAGAAAUGGAGAUGGGAAUUUUCUGGGUAGCACCAAUACCAAGGAGAAUUGUAUGGAUGCAGGUAACUUAGAAGAGGGUACCCCUUCUGCUAGUAAAAUAUGGAGGAGGAUUUCUUCAGCUGAUUCCAAAGAUUCCAACCCAGGUGACACCAUUUCUGUCGAAGAACAACAGCCCGACAUUUUGGAUUGUGGUGCCUUUAUGCGCUAUUACCACGUGUUUCGAGAAGGUGAGCUCUAUGGCCUGCUGAAGGAGAGUGUGUCGGAGCUCCAUAUUCUGAGCUCUGGGAAUGAUCAUGGCAACUGGUGUAUCAUUGCAGAGAAGAAGGAAAGCUCUCAGCGGGGCCGCGUUCGAGCAGCAGAUGGUGCCCUGGCAUGUGCAGCCCUGACCACCUCCCAUCCCUUCAGCAUCUCCCCGAGCAAUGGAAGAAGCUACAGCAUCUCCCCAAGCAUCUGUGUGCUGACGAAAACUGAUGAUGUGGGCUUGGUCCUUGGAGUUCACGGAUCAAGGGUUAAAAUGAAAACCACCAUGUCUUUCUUCUCCGCGUCAACCCCAACCCUGACCUCCAGAAACCAACCCUCAUUUGCCAUUUUAAAUGGCCCGCCUAAAUGGACACAACGGAGCUCUCCCACCCAACGGCGACUCCAAGCCUGGCUUCUGAACACGAGAAAGGAAGAGUCCAUCUGGCUGCUGGAAUUCCACUCCUGGGAUCAGCUGCCUAUGGAGGGCUGUGUCUCAGCUUCACUGACUCCCCGCAUUUUGAGUCUCCUCCCAAGAUAA